AUGUGCCGCCAAUAUUUUACACUGUACGAAUGGUGCCAAUGCGAAGAAGAUGCUGGAAACAGCGUCUGCGCCGCCCAUCGCCGCAAGGGCUGCGCGGGCGUCAGCGUCGAGACCGUGCACAUGCACUGCUUCUGCAACUCGCAUGCCACACGUGGUUUCAAGUCCGAGAAAGAGACCCGCAAGAAGGAGAACAAGGCACGCCGGUCUCAGGAUUCCCUUGAUGAGAAAGACUCUUUUGGACGCCGUUGGUAUCAAUGGUAUCAAUGGCGUCUGCGGUCGCGUUAA